GCUUUUGGCUUACUAGCCCAUUUGCGGGGCCACAAUAUCUGUGGGCCGGAAGCCUCCCAUCUCAGAAGGACCUUAGGACCCAGGUGUUCAGGUGACCUCCCUCUGGGUUCUGCAGUCCUGCCAGUUGAAGAUGGUGCCCUGGGAGCAGGUGCCAGGGGGCUCUGCCCUGGAAGUGCUGGGUGCCCUCGCCGCAGCCUGGUGGCUCCUGCGGGGGACCUUGUGGCUCGGCCACGUCCUCCUAGUCUAUGGGCUGCCCCGGCUUGGCCUGGGCCUUGGGAUCUCCCUCAGGAAGCAAGGGGCUUGGGCUGUGGUCACCGGGGCUACAAGUGGAAUCGGCCGAAGCUAUGCUCAUGAGCUGGCCCGGAGAGGCCUCAACAUCGUACUAGUCAGCAGGGACCUGAACAAGUUACGUCGGGAGGCAGAGGAGAUCGAGAGAUGCCACGGUCAGGAAACAAGGAUCGUCCAGGUGGACUUCAGUGGAGGCCCAGAGAUCUACGAGGCCGUCGAGACUGCCCUGGAGGGCCUAGAUGUCGGCGUCCUAGUCAACAACGUGGGCAGAUUUUACCAAAAGACCAUGGGGAAGCUCCUGAUUUCGGAGAACCUGAGCAAGGACUUGACGGACAUGCUGAACUGUAACGUGCUGUCGAUGCUGCAGAUGACCCGCAUCGUCCUGCCUCCCAUGGUGGCCAGGGGCCGCGGAGUGAUCAUCAACGUCUCCUCGGAGGCCGGCAAACAGCCAUUCCCAGCCCUGGCUCUCUACGGGGCCACCAAGGCCUUCAUGAACUGCUUCUCCCAGGCUCUGGCGGCAGAAUAUCAGACUUCGGGAGUCACCGUGCAGACUAUCACCCCUCUGGCCAUCUCCUCCAACAUGUGUGACGUCCCCCCCAGGAGAUUCCUGAUCAAGUCGUCUGACGACUUUGUCCGGGAGGCCUUGGACACCGUGGGCGUCUGGGACUACACCUCGGGGUGCCUCCUGCACUUUGUCCAGAGCUUGCUGCUGCAGCCCAUCUGCGCUCACUACCUCUUUCUGAUCAAAGCCGCCUCGUUCUGGAGGGCUCGGCUGGCGCCCCUCCGCCGGGCAUGCGGAAGAGCCUGAAGAAGCCCGGAGCGGGGGGCGGGGCCAGCUGUGAUGGGGGAGGGGCGCCGGUGGGCUUAAAAGGCGAGAAGCUGGCGGGCUCGUCCCCGCCUCCGGUGCGCGGCCACUGCUCGCUCUAAUAAAGGGUUAAUGCCA